UCUGUACAAGUGUCAAGUAACUGCAAAACACUUUUACUUUAUUCAGUUUUAAUGCUUUCUGUAUAAAAAAUUAUAGUUAUAAAUAUUAAUCCUUAAAAGAAUUAAUUGAAAAUGAAUGAUACAGACACAAAUGAUCGUCCAAAAUGGCUGUUAGAAUUGGAAAAUCGAAAAAGAAAGCCCCGAUUAGCACAUGAGGCUGGUGCAGGAUCACCUUGUGUAAUUUGUAAAGCAGCAUGUCCAGGCUUAGAUUUACAUUUUUGGAGAAAAAUUUGUAAAAACUGUAAAUGUAGUAAAGAUGACCAUGAUGUUGAUGAUGAAGACUUCCCACAAUUUGAUUUACUAUUUGGAACCUCCAGAAAAUAUAAGAAAAAACCCAUUUUAUUACAUAUAAACAGUGGAAAGGAACAUGCAGAGGAAGCAUUUGAAUGGGUACCGCCAGAUACAACAAAAGAACUUGCUGUAGACUAUAUGAGAGCUUUACCUGCAGAAAAAUUGCCCAUUAAAGGAACAUUUGGUGCAGCUUUGAGAAGACAACUAUUACAAAAACAAUUACCUCUUCAUGACAUAGAUUAUAAAAUUUGUGAUAAAUUAAGUGAUCAGGAAAAGAAACAAUUUGAAAAAUACUUAGAAAAUAUAAAAAAAUAUGUGGGACAGGGAACAGUGACAAAGAUAUUAAGUGCUCGUCCAUUUGAUGGUUCAUUAGUAACACCUGUAAAUGCAACUGAUAUGCAACAAUUUAGUCCACAAAAUAAACCUAACAUACAAUCAAACUUUGUUCAAUUACGCACACCAAGUAGUUUUGCACCAAAAAGUUCAUACAAAAAACAUUUGUAUGAAAAUGCAAACACACAAGAAGUUUAUAAUUCAUUUGAGACACCAAGUAAUUGCAGUAAUAUUCAGAAUAUACCCAUUUUGGAGAAGUAUAAUAUGAUCAGCAAUGAUAGUAGAAUUGUAAAAUCAGAAUCAAUUAAAAAUGCCCCUUACAAUAAAGGGGUUCACCCAAUUGAUUUCCCAAAAAUUAGUAGUAACAAUCAAAAUAUUGCAAAAGAAGUUCCAACAACUGAAAGUUUAAAACCUUUAUAUGAUGCUGCAGUUACUAGGAAUCCAUCAGAAUGUUAUAAAGAAGCAUACAAAGAUAUGUUAAAAAAUCCAUCCACAUCUUUGUCACAUUCAAAAUCAAUUAGUGACAAUGUUUAUGAUGCAGAAGCUAUAUUGGCAGAUGCUUUGCUUCCACCUAGUAUAGUGAAUGCAAAUGAUAUAAUUGGAAGUACAUUGGAUGAGAAAGACUUAAUGUAUAUACGAGAAAAACUUACAAAUAAAUAUAGUAACCAAGAAAAUCAAGGAAAAACACCAUAUAAUACUCCUAGUUUCUCAAGAAGUUUAGAUUCAAAUAACUUAUGCAGAAAUAACGGUUCUGGAUUACAAAAUAUAAAUUUACCUGUAAAUGCUAAUAAAGGAACUGAUAAAACAGUUACUACAGUUCCUAUUGUUGUGAAAACUCCUUCUGGAAUAAUUCCAUCACAAGAAAUAUUUCAAAGAAUAGAAGGGAAUACUAAUGAUUCUGAGUCAGUAAAGACAGAAAAAGAAAUAAUAAAGCCUAAUUUAAAGACAGUCCAUUCAAAUCCUUUAAAUGUUACACAAAUUGCUAAUACAAGUGGAAAGAAAAAAUUAAGUGAAAAUGCAUCAUUAAUUUCUACAAUAACGGAAAACCCAUUUUCUUUACCAGCUUCAUCAUCACAAAUGCAUUUACAUUCUCCUAAUGAUAAAAAUCAUCAAGCAAAGGUCAACAGUUUUACAACACCUUCCACAGUUGUUUGUUCUGAAAAAUUACAAAAUCAGGUAUUCCCUCACGAAACUCUUACUACAGCAAAACAAUCAGAUCAAAAUUCCCCAAAUAUAGAAUACCUUAAAAGUACUAUGAAAGAAUUAACAGUGGAUAUUGCUAAAUCGCAGAAAUGUCAUAAAUGCGAAGAAGAGAUCCGUGCUGGCGAUGUUGCCGUAAUUACGGAAAAAGUUAAAAAUGCAGUAUGGCAUCCAGGAUGUUUUGUGUGUAAUAUGUGUAAUGAAUUAUUAGUAGAUUUAGUUUACUUUUAUUACAAAAACAAAUUAUACUGUGGCAGAGAUUUAGCAACACUUCUAGGAAUUCCCAGAUGUUUUGCUUGUGACGAGCUUAUAUUUGUGCGAGAAUAUACUGUCGCGGAAGGCCAUAAUUAUCACGUAAAACACUUUUGUUGCUGGGACUGUGAUGUUCCUUUAGCUGGAAAACAGUACACUACAGAAAACGAUCGUCCACUAUGUCUCCCAUGCUAUCAAAAGACAUAUGCAAAAACAUGUAAUAUGUGUGAAAAGGUAAUUGCUGCUGAUCAACAAGGUGUUACAGUCAAAGAUUUAAAUUUUCACGCAAUAGGAACUUGUUUCUGUUGCUAUAUUUGUAAUAAAAGUUUAUUAGAUGGUAGAUUUGCAGUGAGGGAAAAGAAAAUAUUUUGCAGUAAGGAGUGUAUUUCAAAAUUUCUACAUCCACAAACUUAG